AUGAAGAAGAAAAGCUUCCCAACAAUGACGAAAAUACCCGAAGAAGAAACUGAAAACGAGGGAAUACCACAGAAGGAAAUGGCAAAAGUUCCACAACCAAAACCGAGGCAAAGCCUGAGACUGGAAUCAAAAGGGAAGUCGAGAUUGCCCAGACAGUAUCUCGCCACCGAUGGGCCUAAUGGGGAUCCCAUGACGAAGAAGGGAAAAGACGAAGUCGUCCUUAGGGAAUGUAAGUGUACAAAGGCAGAACAACCGAGAAAACUCGUCGAGACCGCCAUAAAAGCUACAGUAACCAAACCUCCGUGUGAGCGGGGAUCUUACAGGGGACCUAAGCCAGAUGUCCCACCGAAACCCCGAUUUUGUACCAAGACACAAGCAGAAUCGGAAAAGAAGUCGACAGUCUUCCCGCCAAAACAGAAACUCCCCGUCAAGAAAGUAAGUCAACCCUCACAGGGAACAUCAACAGGAGAACAUCUUUCAGCUUUUACACCACCAACUAAGCGAGCCUUACCCAGGGUGAGAAUUUCUUCCCCACCAGAACCUAUCGGGGAACCUCCUACACCGGACGAACCCGCUAUCCGGGUUUAUGCACCAAGCCCAAGAAGUCCCAGACCAGCCUCCGAGGUUUCAAGUCUGUCCGAUUUUUCAGACGAAGAGCCCGAACUGGUUACAUUGGCAGCUAUGCAACCUUCCCUGGAGGUAAAACCACUUGGGGAUUUGUUCCCAACAAAAUGCGCUGAGGUUGGGCGGCCCAUAACCUUGAAAAGAGUUGUCUUACCUCCACCAGAACCUUUAACCAAGGCUCCAAUCCCUUCUCGUUCUAGAAAAGAACUAGCGGAGUCUAGUGGGAAACCUUUCCCGAAAGGGAAAGUUCCAGAAAAAUGGAAGGAAAAGCGCAUAGUAACAUCCGCUAGCGCCACGACAGUCCUUCUGCUUCCUCCACCCGAACCAACUGCCCCGGCCCCAAGGGGGAAGCCCCCAGAUGCCCAGGUGAUUCCCGCCGAACCGUCAGCACCUAAGAAGACAAGGUCGAGGCAUACUGCACAUUGCAUCUAUAACAAGAGAGGCGGUAGAAAUUACUGGGCCGCAAAAUUGCUCCAAAUACUUUGA